GCAUUCUACCAGAUAAGUGCAUGGUACCACCUGGCUGGCACCUUCCUGCUAUGUCUAGUUGUCUGACUACAAUACAAUAAAUGUCUCGUGAUCUUGAAAAAAAUAGGUGAAGCGUAAAAUGCAGCUCUGGGAACAGAUGAAUCAUGCUGAGCAGUUUAGGCUAUGACUCAAAUAUAUACUUGCUCAAGCAAUAGUUUAAUUAACUUGGAUACAUUUGAGCAAGUGUCAAUCUGUUUUACUGUAGCCCAUUUGCGAUGUUUGACUGGGUGGGUGGGGUGUACAAUUGCCAUCAUGUUGCCGUCUGCUUUUGAAUUAAGGAUAAUUUGUAUGUGGAUAAUAGAUCAACCACACACACUCAACAUCAAUUAUAAAUUGUUGCCAGAAUACUACUGAUGAUAUGUAGUCUCAGCCUGUCAGGCUUCAAAAGGUCCAUGCUAUCUGGGAUUCUACCCCAUUGAAGUAGACAUUUAAAAUGGUAAGGUUUAGGGUAGGGAGUCCCCCAAGGAUUCGGAUAGCACUGACCCUUCAAAAUGUUGACUCGCUGUCUUUGGUUGACUGUUUCAAGAAUGCGCUGAAUAUUGACGUCAACCAAUGUCUCGGCGCAGAGUUGUGACUUCAUCCACCAUCCCGGAAGAAACUGAAGUGAGCAUGUCACUAAACAAAUCAAUGCACCCGCGGAACCGCUACAAAGACAAGCCUCCGGACUUUGCAUACUUGGCCUCCAAGUAUCCAGACUUCGAGCAGCAUGUCCACACCAACCUGGCUGGCAGAGCUAUGCUGAACUUCAAGGAGCCAGAGGCGGUGCGAGCCCUGACCUGUACCCUGCUGAAGGACGACUUUGGACUGACCAUAGACAUCCCUCUGGAGCGUCUCAUCCCCACUGUGCCUCUCAGACUCAACUACAUCCACUGGGUGGAGGACCUGAUCGGAGGCCAGGGGGAACCACGCAGGGGCAUCGACAUUGGUACUGGAGCAUCCUGUAUCUACCCCCUGCUGGGAGCCUCUAUGAAUGGCUGGCAUUACCUGGCGACUGAGGUAGAUGACAUCUGCUUUGACUACGCCACCAGGAACGUAGAGCAGAACAACCUCUCAGACCUCAUCAAAGUGGUGAAAGUUCCCCAGAAGACCCUGUUAAUGGACGCUUUAAAAGAGGAGUCAGCCAUCGUCUAUGACUUCUGCAUGUGUAACCCUCCCUUCUUCGCCAACCAACUAGAGGCUAAGGGGGUAAAUUCCAGGAACUCUCGUCGUCCUCCCCCCAGCUCAGUGAAUACAGGUGGUGUGACAGAGAUCAUGGCUGAGGGCGGAGAGCUGGAGUUUGUCAAGAGGAUCAUCCAUGACAGCCUGCAGCUCAAGACACGCCUGCGGUGGUACAGUUGCAUGCUGGGAAAGAAGUGCAGCCUGGCACCUUUGAAGGAGGAGCUGAGAAAACAAGGGGUGCCCAAAGUGACCCACACAGAGUUCUGCCAGGGACGGACCAUGCGCUGGGCACUGGCCUGGAGUUUCUAUGAUGACGUUACUGUUCCGUCUCCCCCCAGUAAGAAGAGGAAGCUGGAGAAGUCUCGUAAGCCACUGUCCUUCAUGCUGCUGCAGCCCACAGUGAAGGAGCUGCAGUCCCAGGCCUCCUCUAUAGGCUGUCCCUCCAACCCCAGGCCUGUAGAGACCAUCACUGCCUGGCUGGAGAAGACACUCAGUGACCUAAAGGUGCUGCACAAGCGUGUCCCUUGUGGGAGGAAGGAGCAGAGUCUGUUCGUGACGGCUGUGGAGAACACCUGGAUCCACAGGAGACAGAGACGCAGAGACCAGGGCCGACACCUCAGAGAGCUGCCCAGAGCACCCCCCAGUGGUACUUCUACCACCCUUUCCUCAGCCACAGCCCAGCACCCACAGAGCCAGCAGCACUCCUCUACACACACCCCGGAUAGCUCACACUCAGAUUUACACACUCCGACAGCAGCACAGGGGCCAGGCAGUGUUCCACAGUCAGGGACCAACAGGGCCGAUGGAGCCGACUCUCAGGGGGUCAUCUGUGUCCCAGUAGAGAACAGUGGGACAGAGGAGGAUGUCAUCAUGGAGUCUUCUCCUAUCUCUACAACACCCAAUACCACACUGGCACAGACCGCACUACCCACCACGACACAGAAACAGGAAACCACCCCACAGGAAGUACCUACUGAAACACAGGAAGAGGAAGUCAAUGCCUCUGGACAGGAAGUGAUGCAGCCACAGAGCCCCAGCGCUGUACAACACUUCCUAUUCAAGUGCUUGGUUUACGUGAAGGCUGAGGAGCAGGACGUUGCCGUGGAGAUACACUGGGUGGAAGGCCAAAACAAGGACGUGAUGAACCAACUGUGUACCUACCUGAAGAACACUCUGUUUAAAUUGGUGGCCAAGCCACUGGGGAUGUAAUGGAACAUAGUUGACCUGUAGUACUGGGUAAUGUUCAUUAAGCAGAAAAUGGUACAGACAAACAGGCAGGGACUUGGGGAACAUAACUUACCCGUAUUGUUCUGUUUGUAGCAAGUGAAUGUGUAAAAUAUACUUAUUUGCUGAUCCAGUACAGUUUCACUGCAAGUCUCCAUGUCAAGGUUAUAAUGACUAGUUAAUAUUUUAGUUAAUUAAAGUUUGAUAAAAAAAAAAAAAUACAUUUAUAAAUGUAUGUUUUAGUAACAAGUUAUGUGUAUUUCCAUGUUCAAUCAGUGUUACACACAGGUGGUCUGGUCUAUCCCAGACAUUCAUUUGUCUAGGAUGCAGUUUCCAUAAGCAGUCACAAGAGGGCAGUCCAUAGCUGCAGCUCAUCCACUUGUAUCCUCCUGUUGAUUUAAAUACAGCUUUAACACAUUCUGGGGAGACACUUCACCUUCAUUAGUGGCCUGUCGUAGUAUCACAAUUAGAAAGUAAUGCCAGCCAAAUUAGACAGCCUUAUAGACCUGAUGAGUCGUUAAUGAAUGAUCUUUGCCUACACACACUUUGGCUGGAACAAUACCUCCUAGUAAUGCAGGAUGUCCAGUCUUUCCUGUGCCUGUACGUGCAAUUGUCACGAGGUCGCAGCCGAACACACACUUCCUGAGCAGAGAUUUAGUGAAUACCAGGAACAGCCGCCCAGCAGUGGACCCAAAGUUUAUUUGCCACGUGCACAGGAUACAACUGGUUUUAAACACUACCGUGAAAUUCUUACCAUGAGGGCUCUUUCCCAACAAUGCAGUGAUUCAAUCUCUCCCUUUCCCAGUCUGCCGUUCCCACAUGCUUCAAGAUGGCCAC